GGGACGGAAUCACACUCAAACAAUUAGCUGCCAUUUCUUCAUGCUUCCAAGUCCGGCUUUAUUGCUGACACAUUUCAGAGGGAACAUCGAACUUCCUUCAAAAUCGCCGGAAACCACCCCUCCGCCAGCCAUGUCGGCGGCGAGACCGUCGCAGUUGCCGACAUCACUUGCCACCGUCUGCACUCUCAAAUGCUCUAUUCUCACUCUCGCCGUUCUAACCUUACUUUCCUUCAGUUGCAUCUCGCUGAAGUCUCUCCAUUCACCUUUCAUCGAAUCCUCCUCCAAUCCUUCUCAUUUCCAACGGACACUGGUUAUAAAUUCGGCUACUAAUGCCACUGGAAGUUCCGCGUCCAUUGAAGUGCCAGUAGAUUCAUUAUCGCCCGAGGAAGACGAUUUGUCAGAUGUGUAUCAUUCGCCGGAUGUAUUCAGAUUGAACUAUGCGGAAAUGGAGAAAAAGUUCAAGGUGUAUAUAUAUCCAGAUGGCGAUCCGAAUACCUUUUACCAGACGCCGAGGAAGCUGACCGGGAAGUACGCCAGUGAGGGCUAUUUUUUCCAGAAUAUCAGGGAGAGUAAUUUUGUUACGGACGAUCCAGAUCAGGCUCACUUGUUCUUCAUUCCAAUAUCCUGCCAUAAGAUGAGAGGAAAGGGAACAUCCUAUGAGAAUAUGACCAUAAUUGUACAGAACUAUGUUGAGAGCUUAAUAGUGAAGUACCCAUACUGGAACAGAACCCUAGGUGCUGAUCACUUUUUUGUUACUUGUCAUGAUGUUGGUGUGAGGGCUACUGAAGGACAUCCCUUUCUCAUAAAGAAUUCCAUUCGUGUUGUGUGCUCCCCAAGCUACGAUGUUGGAUAUAUUCCGCACAAAGAUGUUGCACUCCCUCAAGUUUUGCAACCAUUUGCUCUUCCAGCUGGUGGAAAUGAUGUGGAGAAUAGGACAUCUCUGGGAUUCUGGGCGGGCCAUAGGAACUCUAAAAUUAGGGUGAUCUUGGCUCGUGUAUGGGAGAAUGACACAGAACUUGAUAUAUCUAACAACAGGAUAAACAGGGCCAGUGGACAUCUACUUUAUCAAAAGAGAUUUUACAGGACUAAGUUCUGCAUAUGCCCUGGUGGCUCUCAGGUCAAUAGUGCUCGCAUAGCAGACUCCAUACACUAUGCAUGCAUUCCUGUGAUACUCUCUAAUUAUUACGACUUGCCAUUCAACGACAUAAUCAAUUGGCAUAAAUUCGCGGUCGUACUCAGGGAGAAGGAUGUAUAUGAGCUAAAGCAGAUUCUCAAGAACAUUACUCAAGAGGAGUUUGUGACUUUGCAUUACAAUUUACUCAAGAUCCAGAAACAUUUCCAGUGGAAUUCACCCCCUGUCAAAUAUGAUGCUUUUCAUAUGGUCAUGUAUGAACUAUGGUUACGCCACCGUGUGGUCAAGUAUUAAGAUGAAACUUGGCAGUAUGAAGUUAUGCCUCACACUCAGAAACUACUACGCUGGAUCUGAAACAUCGCCAAGUUGAAGUCAAAUAUGAUGCCUCCGGGAUUUGGUAAUGUAUUAAUUAACCUGGAACUUAGCCAUCAGGACAUAAUGACUUUUGCUUCACAUACACCCCAAAAGGUUGCUUGAUCACUUCAACAGUUGUAAAUAAACUCAAUAACAUUUUUUUGCCGUCUGCUAUAUUAUUUUUAAGCUUAUUUUCUUCUUAUAAAUGAACAAUUAUAACACAG